CGCACAUGCGUGAUGUGUAUUCCGCCUGUAUAGAUACAUCGCGUAUAUGCGCGAGUUACGGCGGUAGCGAGGACGAUGCUGAUGUUUCCCGUAUGAACGAUGAACGCGUGCACAAUUUUAGGCGCCAAAUAGCUUGCUUGUGCUGAAAGCCAGAAGGAGAGGUUUCCAAGUCCGUCGGAGAAUCGUGUGUCAAGUAUCAAGUGGCCUGGCGUGUCCUGGUCACUGUUUCCGCUAACUUUGCCGCUGUUUUUGCAAAAUAUUUUCCAAUUAAGGCCAUUAAAAGCAAGUCCUGGACCCGGCUGACAAAUUCAUUGUUCGGCCGGUUCGGCCGUCUCGUCAAGAACACGAGGACUAGCACGGCCCGCGGCUUAUUGUUACCGGCUUGGCCCAGCCCAACUACUAAUUAGAACAGCCGGUUAAUCUUCAACAUGUUGAGCGUAGCACAAGCGGUUCACCAUCCGGAAACGCCGGGAUCUGCUUCCAAACAUUCCAGCUUGGGACAUUCUUGGUCCUCAGACAGGUCUAGUAUGCUUAAACGUAGAAAAACUGAGUCAGAAUGCUGUAUUGUAGAUAAGAAGCCUUUGACGACAAGUUCAAUUGAGAGUAUAACCAAACAAUUUCAUUUUAAUGACCAAGAAAUAACUUUGACGGCAAUUCCAAAAAAUCACAAUCAAAUGCAUACAAAAUCUAUUGGAGUCAUCCAGGAAUCGUCCAAUGACGAAAGUUCUCAAGAUGACACAGUGAACGAACAAAUAUCUAGUAAUGGAGCCAUGUCUUUUCUGAGCAACUCUGGGGAAGUUCAAUUAAUUAAGCUCAACUGUAGCGAUAAUAAGAAGAUUCAAUCAAAUGAUAGUGUUGAUGAUGCUCACAACAAUUUGGAAACACCUGCCAUUGAAUCUAAACAGAUAGGUAUUACUCUAAAUCCAAUAGCAGAACUUUCGGAAGUCACUAUUGAACCAUGCCAAAAAUCUAAAAAAACUUCAUCAAGACUUGCUGAAGCCCGAGAGUUUCUAAAGCAAAAGGAAACUCCAGUACAUGUGUCGUUUUCAACAUCUAGUACCAAUGAAACCUUGGACAAUAAUUCUAAUACCACAACAACACCAACAGCAAAUCAGCAAUUCGUGCCAGAAUGCAAUAAGACAGAAUUUGAGGAAUUAUUUGGAGGUGACUUUGAUAAACCAAUUUUCAGCGAUUCACCCAAGUCUCCCUCAGCUAAUGGAAACUCGGAACAUCAAAUGCCAGUUCCAACUGUAGCUGAUUAUGAACCUUUUCACGUUGGAGUUUCUUGUGAUUGCUUCUAUGCUAGUAAUAGAGAUAGGCCAUAUUAUGCAACAGGCUUUCCAAAUCCACCAACUGAAAACAGAUGUUGGAUCAACUCAACUUUACAAGUAUUAUUUUCUCUUCCAAUCAUGGAUGAUUUGUAUUCAAUGGAUUCCAUCCAGGAUUCAAAAUUAAUGUCUUCACUGCUCAAUGUAUAUUCUUAUUGGGGAAGAAGCAGUACAGGAAGCCGUAUAUUUGACUAUACUUUCAACACAUUUAAAGAAGAAUUAUCUAGACUGGACAAUAUGUAUCCAUCCAAAGCUCAGCAAGAUGUCUCAGAAUUCAUCAUGAACCUGUUGAAUUUUAUUAAAUCUGAAUUUGAUAGUAUAUUGAAAAAGGAAACUCAACACACAGAGAUUGAAAACAUACCAAACAAUGAACAAGAUACUCCUAGAAGGUUGCAACAAAACACUGUGACUGAUUCCAAUAAAAGACUACCUUUGGUUGAUAUUUCUACGGCUACUACUACCACUACUACUAUGCAACUCAGAAGUAAUCACCAGCUGAAUAGUAAAGCAAAUUCAUCUGCAAUGAAAUCCAAAAAUGAAUCUCAAAUUCGCUCCAAUCUAAUUGAUGAAUAUUUUUCGCUUGAUAUGGUGGAAAAUUUGGUAUGUAAUGGCUGUUCCAAAACAAGACAACAGAAAGUAGAAAAUUUAAUGCUAUUCGUUGAUUUACCAUCCGAUGAUCAUGGAGCAACUCUUAAUUUGGUUGAAAUGAUUAAUACAACGUAUGGUACAGAGCAGAGAGAUAUAAAAUGUGAAACCUGUCAACAUGAUACACAUAGUAUGAUUACAAAAUUGAAAAGGCCACCAAAAAUCUUGACAAUCCAACUUAAGCGAUAUGAAAUUGUUCAUGGAUUAUUAACAAAAAAAUGUUCUCUUGUUGAUAUACCAAUGUUGAUGAGGCUUGACACUCUUGUAAUUAACUGUGAAGAUUAUACUCAUACACCAGUGUACGAACCAAUAUGUAUAAUAUCACAUAUAGGUGACAGUAUAGAUUCUGGGCAUUACAUAAGUUUUGUUAAACACAAUGAUCAGUGGUUUUACUAUGAUGACAUUAAUGUAAGAUUGGUAAACCCUGAAGAAGUCUUCAAAUGCGUCCAAAACAACGCUUAUGUCAUAUUUUUUCAAGACACUGAGCUUGGUCAAAACGCUGAUAGUUCAACUAAAAAACAAAACUAGAACUACUUGUUAAGAUUAAAACUGUGUAAGUAAUAUAUAUAUAUAUAUCUUUUAUAAGAAUUGCGAUUUGUAAAUCAAUCACCGUUUAACUAAAUUGUUGACAUGUUUGUGAAAAACAAUGAUACAAAGUCUUGUUUAAAAUCAACAAAGUACAUUUCUUCCUACCAUGUAUAAAAAAUUUCGAUUAUAUGCAUAUAUUCUACUUGAUAAAACUUAUUUUAUUAUUAUUUUUUUGUUUUGUGACCUCGUAAUAGUAACUGUUUAUCUUAAAUAUAUCACUGAGACUGUAAUAAAUUCAAAUUUGAUUAAGACACUCAUAAUAAUCUAAAUUAAACAAUAAUAGUUAUUUUAUUAUUCUUUUAUCUCUAAAAUUUGUAAAGAAAAAAUCAUCAUUGAUGAUUGUUUUGAAUAAAAUUAUAAAUUCAUUUUAACUUCAAUUAUCAAUAAGCAGAAUAUAGAGUAUCAAAUCGAGUAGUUAAUACUUGAUGAUUUAUAAAAAAUGUACUGUUAUUAAAUGAUAAAAAGUGCAAGUGUCUUGAACUAUAGUAGUUUAUAUUUGCAUAUGUACAUACAUAGAAAUAAUCUAAAAUAACUAUACAAAUACUGUAACUGUAGGGGUGAAAAGAUCAGUAAGUGGAGAUGUUGAUUAAAACUACUGGAAUUUUCAGUAGUACACUCAUGCAACAAAGUGUUGAGAUAUAAUUUAAGUACUUAUGGUAUACAUAAUUUGUAAAAUAUAAUAAAUGUUAUCUCUGGAUAUUUUUUUAGAAUAGUAAAAAUAUGCUUAGUUGGAUUAUUACAAAAAUAGUUUUCCAUGAUUAUUAUUUUAAUUGUAUCACAUUGUGUAUUAGUAAUGCACAUGAAAUAACACUUAUGAAUACCAUAAAUAUUUUUUAAAGCUCAACACCUUGAUGCAUUUGGUUAAGAUUUUCAUGAUUGUAUGGAGACUAAAAUAAGAUUUUUUACAUGAAUUAUAACAAAUAAGUUAGAAUAAAAUUGUAUUGACUUCAAUUAAAUCGAAAGCAUGUGUAUAUAUGUCUAGUUUUAUUUUCAAAAUGAAAUGGUUGAUCUUUCUCGAUUGAAUAUUAUACGAAUGGAGUUUUCUACGGACACGAAAAGACUUAAGUAAUAAAUCUUCUCACUAAUUGUUGCAUGUACUUUGCACAAUUUGUAUUUUGUAAAACCAUCUUUUAAUGGCAAUAAAGCUGAAUUUACUGAACUGA